GUUGGUCAUCGGCUGUUGCUGCUGCUGUUCUUUCCUUGCUUCUUAUCAAACUCAACCCCCCCUCUCUCCCUCCCUCCCUCUCUUUUUCUGUUUUUUUUCAACAAUCACGAGAGGAGUUGUUGUAUUCUUUCUUUGUUAUCUUAGAUUUGGGGUUUGGAUAUUCAUAAAUUACAAAUUGGAUUGGAUCUACCAGUGGUGAUGUACGGAUAAUUUUGAGUUGUAUUGAUAAUAAUAAUUAGAAUAAUAAUAAUUGUUGUGUGGGUGUAACUGUUGAAGAAUAUUCAAAUCAAAAUUCCACCACCCGAUGUCCAUGGCUUCCGUUCCGUAGUGGGUUCACAUCUGCUGCUGCGGCGGCCAGUCAUGAAGAUGAAAAUUCAACAAACCCCCUUCUUCUUUAUCUGAAAUUUUUAACCCCACCCCCUUAUAUUAAACAUAUAUGGACUCCGUUGACAAACUUAACAACAUCAAGACAAGAAAACCUUAUACCAUUACUAAACAACGUGAACGAUGGACAGACGACGAACAUAAUAGUUUCUUAGAAGCCCUCAAACUUUAUGGCCGAGCUUGGCAACGUAUAGAAGAACACAUAGGAACCAAGACUGCAGUGCAAAUCAGAAGUCACGCGCAGAAAUUUUUUACGAAGUUGGAGAAGGAGGCUGUUGCUAAAGGAGUUCCAGUAAGACAAACUCUUGAUAUAGAAAUUCCUCCUCCACGCCCUAAAAGAAAACCAAAUUAUCCUUAUCCUAGAAAGAUUGGGUUGCAAGAUCAUCCACAGGUGGCAGAAAAGGACGGCGAACAUGCAGCUUUAGUUUCUUUGCGAUCAGCUAUACAAAUAUUGGACCAUGAGAGAGAACCCCAAUCCGAGAUAAUCAACGACAAAGAGAAGUUAAAAUAUUCAAAAAUAAGUGAGGAGGCGGAAAAUGGCAGUGAACCUCUAUGUGCAUCUCUGUCCUCGGAAAAUGAAAAUCCCAUACGAAGAUCAGAUGAAACUCGAAAUCCAAAAGCUUUUAGAGAGCUCGCACCUGCGUUGGAUGAUGUGAUUAAUCAUGAUGAAAUAAAUGAAUCCUACAUCACAGUUGAAACCAGAAAGAAUCAGAAAUCGGAUCAAGAUGGCAUUAACCACACAGAUAUUACAUCUAGCAACUCAUUAUUUAAAGCACAUGAAACUCUCACUCAAGGUCAAUAUUCUGAUAAGUUGAGUCUAUCAAUAAAUGAUUUACGGAGUGCACAGAACUACCCUAGGCAUGUUCCUGUGCAGGUUAUAGAUGUAAACAAAGAAGUUGGUGCAAAAAAUAUUGUUCCAUGUGAGAUUUCAUUUCAUGACUCAAUACUAUAUAAGCCAGGAGAAGUUCAUGAAUUUGUUAACAUAGCAACAGCAUCUGGAACUAGUGGACAUCAUAACAAUUCUUCAAGAUCCUCCGGUUAUCCGACCUUCCAUCCUCCUGUCAGCCCGUUGGGUGGUGAUAAUCAAGAAAAUUACCAAUCAUUUUUCCAUGUUUCAUCGACAAUCUCUAGCCUUAUUGUGUCAUCUCUGUUACAAAAUCCUGCAGCCCAUGCUGCAGCAAGCUUUGCAGCUAAGUUCUGGCAUCCUGCUAAUACAGAAGGUUCCCCAGGAGAUUCCUUUUCUACCGAUCAUUUGACUCCUGAGAAUCCCAACAUGGCAGCCAUUGCUGCUGCAACUGUGGCCGCUGCAACUGCAUGGUGGGCAGCUCAUGGUCUGCUUCCUGUUUGUUCUCAUUUUUACCCAGGUUAUUCUUCCACAUGUCCAUAUCCAUUUGGGGCACCAACAAUCAGGAGUCAAGAAAGAGUGGCCCAUGAUGGAAGAGAGAAGGCUUCUUCUGAUGUCUUGGAAGUAGAGAAGAUGGAUGCAGAAAAGACCGAAGAUCUAUAUUCAUCGGAAGACUCUGAUGGGCGGGGAGAUAUGAAAUCAAAUACUGAAGCAAGUCCAGUUGACGAUACCAAUGAAACAACACCAGUGGUCGAACUUCAUGAUUUAAAACAGACUAAUGUUCGGAAGCAAGUUGACAGGUCUUCUUGUGGUUCUAACACUACUUCUAGCAGUGAAAUCGAGACGGAUGCUUUAGAGAAACAUGGAAAAGAUAAGGACGAAGCUAAAGGGUCAGAUGUGAAUAUUCCAUGCAAUGACUCUAUUUCCCGUCGUAGUAGAGGCACUAUUACCCCAAACGAAUCAUGGAAGGAGGUCUCUGAAGAGGGACGGCUUGCUUUUCAAGCACUCUUCUCUAGAGAAGUGCUACCACAGAGCUUCUCUUUAGGUGAGAAGGAUCAAGAGAAUAUAAUGAAGAACAGUGAAGAUGUAUCACAGUUGGACCUCAAUAGGAUGAGUUGCUCCAGUCAAGGUUUUGCAUUUUUGAAAGGUGAAAAAACUGUCGAGGAAGGGUUGCUGAGAAUGGGCUUAGGGAGUGUGCAGCUGAAUGUUAAUCAUACAGGGUUUAAACCUUACAAGAGGUGUUCAGUAGAGGCUAAAGAAAGAAAGAUGGUGAGUGGAUCUACAGGCAAUCACAAUGAUGAGAAAGGUGCAAAGAGAAUGCGUUUGGAAGCAGAUGCGUCAACUUGAUCGAUACAGAAAGUAAUUGUGUUGUAUAUUAUUUUAGUCUUGUCCUAAAGCUCACCACGAAACUUGCCGUGUAGUUUGUCGGUGCUAUAUGUUUUUACCGUUGUUUAUGCUGCUCAUAGAAUGGACAAACAUUUAUUAUGAAUGUGUCGUAUUUAAUUAAGUUGUCAUGUUCCUCCUAACUCUGGAGAAUGAAGAAAUGGAGUUUCAAAUAAUGCA